GUGACUCGUAUCAUUGGUAAACGUAUUGCUGUACUGGUACAUGAAAGUACUAACGUUGUGGAGGAACACCAUAUUAAAAACUUGAAGCUCUUCCGAGAAGACGACGAUAUUCCGGACGAGGGUGUCCUCGAUGUCGAUGAUGAUAGUCGUAUGGACGGAUUGGUCUCCGAUGACCCUGAGGACCUGAUUCACGAUAAGACCGUGCCCGACGAUGAUUCUCGAGUUGCUCAAGAUGGGAGCAACAAUUUUCCACCUCAGCCGAGGCCACAGAGAGCUGCUAAGGAACGUGCUUUGCAAGCUCUGCGAGCGCAUGAUUGGAAUGGUGAUGAUGACGAUACGUAA